AUGGAUGAGUUCGGGUCCACACCUCUGAUUUUGGCCGCGCAGCGGGAUUGGGCGCAGGUGGUCGCAGAGCUCUUGGGGUGUCCCGGAGUGGAUCCAAACCACCAAAACUUGUUUGGCAGCACCGCGCUGAUUUGUGCCGCGGCCAAUGGGUAUAUCAGCACCCUGAAUGAGCUCCUCAAGGAUGAGAGGGUGGAUUUGGAGGUGGCCACUCGGCUGGGGCAGACGGCGCUCUUCAAGGCGGUGCUCUUUGGGCACAUGAACACCACGGAGCGGUUGGUGGAAGCGGGCGCCCAGUCAGAGGUGACGAACAAGAUGGGGCAAACCAUCCUUGAUGUGGCCAAAGAUGAGCACAAGGAGCAUGUCCAGAGGCUGUUAGCGCAGAAGACACAAGAUCUUAGACUCAAGCCGCCUUGGAGUGAUCCUCACGCCUUUCUCUGCAUUGAUGGUCGCGCAGAGCGCAUCGUCCGGGGGAACUUCACGGCGAACGGCCAGAAUCAUGGGAGGCCGACCUACCGGAAGGAUCAACAAGUCAACGGCUUGGACGUGAUGCUCUACUACUGGGAUGAGCGAGACGGGCCCAACUUUGCCGGCUGGUGGUUCGGCCCCAAGGUGGGUGGUGACCAAGUCUGGGCCUACCAUCCCAGCAGAUCGGCGAUGACGCCUCCCCUACGCGGGUGGAAGGUGCCCUACGAUGGCCCCGUGGACGACAGCUUCGUCAUUGGCGCUGCGUCGACGGCACUAGUGCCGUCCAUCCAGAAUCCAGUGCCCGUCACGCAGGCGGGGACCCCCACGUUCCCGCCCACGGCACCCGGCGCCGGAAGCAAGUUUGAGGCCAUCGAGUUCCCUCCAGCGGCCCCGGCGAUUCCAGUGGGAGCAGAAGCGCAGAGGCAACAUCUCCAAGCCCAGAUGCGACUGCAGCACGAACAGCAGCGGGCAAUGCAGCAACAGCGUGCAAAGCAGGAGGAGGAGGUGAAGCUGCAACAGCAGGAGAUGGAAAAGAGGCGCCAGGAACAGCAACGGCAAGUGGCCGAGCGAAAGAGGAAGGAGCAGGAGGCGGUGCAAAUCAUCCGCAACUCGUGCCAAAAAGUGCGAGUGGCCAAGGAGGACACGAUUCAGCUGGCCGAGCAGGAGCUUUUUCAGGUCAUGCAUGCUCAGCUCAACAACUGUGGCUUUCAGAUGCCGAAGAUCAGAGAGGAGUGCGAACGAGUGGUGGAACAGGCGAAGAAACGCCUCGAAGAUGGGCAACGGCAGAAGAUCAUCGAGGAGGAACGGAAGGUGAGAAUGCUGGAGCAGGCAGACACCCUGUUGAGCGACUUCAACAUCAAGGUAGCAGCUGCUGAAGAGGCAGCGAAGAUGCUCUCGGAGAAGGCGGAGCCGCUCACCGUGGUGGACAGCGUUCUGGAGCUGGGUGACCAAGUGGAGGAGUCCAAUCAGCUGGUGGAGGAGGCCCGGAAGGAGGUGGACGAGCGGAUCAAGAUUUGCCAUGAAUAUCUCCAGGAGUAUCAUCUCUCCAUGAAGGUGCCCGACAUGCCCAACCACCCCCAAGCAGCGGUGGUCAACUCGAACUUGCAGAAGAUCUGCGAACGGCUUCGGGAUGCGACCAACAACAAGGAUGCCAUCAUCGUGAAGUGCUCCAACACCCACAAGAAAGCCCUCAAGAAGAAGGAGGCAAUGGCAGUGAUGGAGGAGAUCUCGGCGAAAUUUAAGCAAUAUGACAAGAACAACGACGGUUUCCUCAGCAAAGCCGAGGUCAUCAGUUACUCAAACAAGGAGUUUGGCUUCAAAUUGGGAGAUGCGGUUGCCCUUCAGUUGAUCAAGGCCCUACAGGUUGGCGCCAAGGGCGUGCCGUUCGCUGACUUCCAACGAUUGAAGGUGCGCAUCGGCUGCCUGCGGGAGCGGGUGAAGGAUGAGGAGCGAAAGAAGAAGCGCGAGAUCCGGGACAAGGAGCUGGAACACCUCAAGGAGCAGUUCAAAAGCGAACUGAAGUCCUUGGACGACACUGAGGAGCUAGACCAGGAGGUGAAGAAGGCUGGGCUGACCUGGACCUGGUCCGUGCUCCGAACAACGCGGACGUGGCUGGGUUAG